ACUCGUUUUAAAGUCGAUGGUCUAUACACACUUCUCUCUCGCACACAUUGAACUCAAGCCAUCAGACAACUUUAGUUUUCGGUGUAUAUAGUUGGUGCCAGCUCCUAGAUCCGCCAUUGAAAGUCGUCUUACUUUUCGAUCUGAUCUCUAGAAUGACGCGGCAGAUUUGCGGAUGUCUAUAGGCACGUAUUUAGGUCUACCAUUUGACACGAAGCCAAGCAUGCUGGUCUUGACCUUUUUAUGAACACAACAGCUCAACUGAGAGUGCAAAUAAAUGCUAAUAAAAUGACGUUGGCAUCAAAAGAUUUGUUUAAACGUAAAUUCUCAAUUCGAUAAGUUGUGUGAGGGUGCAAUAGCUUUAGUGAAGAUUACAUCAAAGGUCGAGAAUGCCUUCUCCAAGUCACUCAAAGUGCAGACAUCGAAGAGAACCCCCACCAUGUAACAUGCACCAAGCCACCCAACACAUACCCCUGCCGAUAACAACACGUUGCAUCGGCUUUUCUACAGCACAAUUCUUCGGGAAACUGUACAACCUUCAAAACGAUGCGAUACCUCACCAUGACAUCUACGCCUUCUAUAGAGCCUCUUUGGCGAUUUUUGAAGCCAAGAUGUACUUUGUUAAGCAACAGUACGAACAUCUUAGAAGAUACGACCCGGUGUACAAUUUCAAGACGUACUUAGGGUUCGUCUACCACUGGCAAACGUUUCUACCUAUUGCAAAGUUUGUUGAAUCGCUGGGAGUUAUGGAAUACGAAGGCAGUACUUUUUGUCCAAUUUUUACGACGAACGUAUACGAUGAUGAUGAAAAGUUAGUACCGCAAUCUGAGCAUGUAACUCUGACGAAUUUGCGUGAAACAGUUUCAGGACUUGCGGACAGAAACACUUUGCAAUUGUAUCGUAAACAAUUUUAUAAGAACUGUCCUUUGCCUGGCGCUAUUUGGGCUGGGUCUCCCGAAGAUCCCAUCCUGAAAAACCCUGACGAUUUCAUUAAGCCUAAUUAUUCAGACAGAGACCUUGAAGGAGACUUGAAAGCAGCUGUCGAAACUGUGAAAACAGCUAAGCAACUGUUACCGAAAAUAGUGUCAUGUACUAAUCUUCUCGACAAGCAGGGUAGACCUUCUAUGUUUGUGUCUAAUCCACAAUUCAACAUGAGAAUUUUGAGCAGAAGAGGAACUCAAACAUUGCAAGAAUAUUAUAGACAUGUAGACGUGGUUGGGGAUAUUGACGAUUUUUGGAAUGUUAGGAGUAUUACAACAUCGGAACAAAUGUUUGGAUGUCUCACUUUACCAGGAGAGUUACCAGAGUUACAUAAGCAUGCUUAUCCCUACUAUUCUAUCAGGCAUCUUUUUGUAGCACCACAACGAAUUUCUAUUAGUUAUAAAAAAGUUUGUAAGAGUUUUAAAGUGUAGAUUGUAUGAAAAAUACUAAAUAAAAUAUAUAAAAACGGCGUCAAGAAUGUCGACUCUGCACUCUGCACAUCCCAAGAUGUUUAACAACUUAUUGCCAACUUAAAAUUAUUCAUGAAGUUUAUUAUGACAAGCAUUAGAAACUAUAGCAAUGCUACUCAGAUAUCCAACUUGAUUAUGUUAUAAAAAUGUUUUAUCAUCAUGUUACAAAUAAUGCAUUGGAAAUUUUAAAAGCAAAUAUCUCGAAAACUAUUAGCUUCA